UUUCAGAAUCACUCAAAUACUCAUCGCUCUAUCAAGAGUCAAGACUCCAGGCGUCAGGCGAGUCAAGCUCAUACUUUUGUAUUGAUGGUAUUCUAUAGUCGCUAUAAUAUACUAACUUUCCUAAUUAUUCUUAUAUCUUAUCUAUGGCCCCGUCGAAUCGCAAACGGCGACUAUUUACAUUUUUAUAGAAUAUUUUUCAUUUAAUUAUAAUAUAUUUUAUUCAUUAAAAUUACUCAUCAAUCAUCAAUAUGAAUGCUGGUAUCCCAAUUUUUCCAACCAUGUUCCCUAAUAUCGUAGACCCAUUAUGGUUUAGUGUUGACGAGCCUAAAAAUGAAGAUACAGAACUUAUACGAAUAGAAAGUUUCCACCAAAACUGGUUACUUACAUUAACAAAUAAAAUCAACGACAAGGACUUUCCAGUUCCAAUUGGCAAAACAGCAACUGAAGUGCAAGAUGAAGAGGACGAAGAAGAUGAGGAGGAAGAAGUCAAUGCUUCAGAUGAUAGUGAAACCCAUGAUGAGGAAGACGAUGAUGUUGAAAUGGAUGUUACAAAUACAUAUGAUCGAGAUUCCCCUAUUUCUGUUUCUACUAGAUAAUUCCUCAUAGUAAUAAUAAUAAAUAAUAGUCAACGUUUUGAUUCAUGGUUUGCACAAAUUGUAAACUCAUUUCAGUAUUUUGUUAUAUCAUAUAACUAAAUAAAUAUUAUUGWAAAUGAUU